AGGGUUAGUCUUCGUCCCCGAGGACUGAUUCGCCGUCAGCAUGGCGGUCGCCGACGUCAGAUGGGCGCAGCCCUGCCUCCUGGCAGUGGCGCUGCUCGCGCUGCUCCUCGGCGCAGCGAGCGGCCAAGAGCCGGGCGGCCCGUACCGCCUCCCCGGCGAGGUCACCCCCGAGCACUACGACCUCAAGAUCGUGCCCUUCUUGGAGACGGGCAACUACCGCUUCAGCGGCACGGUCGACAUCACGGUGACGGCCGUCAAGAACCCGGAGCACACGUCGCCGCGCAUCACGCUGCACGCGCACAAGGACCUGGCGGUGUCCUCGGCCACCGUCACCGAGAUCGACACCCAGACCGUGGUCGAGCUCGCCGACAUCGAGACGGCCCCGACCUACGAAUGGUGCAUCCUGAUGCUGAAGACCCCGCUGAACAUCGGCAGCAAGUACCUGCUGACGCUGCAGUUCAGCGGCCCGCUCAAGAAGGACAACCACGGCUUCUACCUCAGCUCGUACGCGAUCGACGGCGGCUUCGAGUACAUGGCGACGACGCACUUUGAGGCGACCAGCGCCAGGAAGGCGUUCCCCUGCUUCGACGAGCCCGGGUACCGCACCACCUUCGACAUUUCCGUCGCCAAGCUGGACGACCAGAUCGCGCUGUCCAACAUGCCCGUCGAGUCCACGUCCGACUACGACCCCGACCAGGGCAACAGGCGCUGGGUCAAGUUUCAGACGACGCCCAAGAUGCCCACCUACCUCGUGGCCUUCAUCGUGUCCAAGCUGCAGAAGGUGCCGACGGCCAACGAGAACAUCAACAUCUACGUCCGGAGGAACGCCGUCGACGGCGUGUCCAAGGCCGUCGAGGUGGCGCCGAAGCUGCUGUCGGCCCUGGAGACGUUCACCGGCGUCCAGUACCCCCUGCCCAAGCUGGACCUCGUCGCCAUCCCCGACUUCCCCUCCGGCGCCAUGGAGAACUGGGGGCUCAUCACCUACAAGGAGGACAUGCUCCUCGUGACCGCGAACGUGUCCACGGCCGACCGGACGGCCACCUCGCUGCGCGUCGUCGCCCACGAGUUCGCCCACCUCUGGUUCGGCGACCUGGUCACCCUCAAGUGGUGGAACACCAUCUGGCAGCAAGAGGGCAUGGCCGCCUUCCUCGAGUCCUACAUCGUGGACAAGGCGACGGAUGGCGACUACGACCUCAUGUCUCGGCUCGGCACCACCCGAGUGCAGACCGCCCUGGACGUAGACGCGCGCGAGCACUCGGUGCCCCUCACCAAGAACGACAUCGACAGUCCGGACAGCAUCGAGGACCACUUCGGCACCAUCACCUACUCCAAGGGCUGCAACAUCCACUUCAUGCUGAUGAACGUGCUGGGCGAGUCGGUGUACAGGAGCGGUCUGCGCGAGUACCUCACCUCCAACGCGUACACCUCCACGGACAUAAACGACUUCGCCAAGGCGUUGCAGAAGGCGGUGGACGACGCCGGGCGCCACCUGCCGGGGGCCGUGACAGUGCAGCAGCUCGUCGACUCGUGGGGCAACCAGAUCGGCUACCCCGUGCUGACCGUGCACCGCGACUACCAGAAGAGCACCGCCAGUGUCUCCCAGGCUCGCUUCCUGUCGCACGAACCGGCGGACAAGUCGGCCGCCGACACCAAGUGGCUCGUGCCGUACGCCGUCAACAGCCUGUACGGCAAGCAGGACACCUUCACGCAGGUGCUGCCGGACGACGGCUCCGUGGCCACCGUGACCGACAUGCCGACGCCCACCGUGCUCGCGUACAUCAACAGGGCGCAAAACGGCUACUACCGCGUCAACUACGACAUGCACAACUGGAUGCUGCUGGCGAAUGGCGCCUCGCGCCUCGAGCCCGCCACCCGCGCCUCCCUCAUCGACGACCUGUUCGCGCUGAACCGGCGCGGCCUGGUGGACACCUGGCUGCCGUUCUUCUACCUGGAGAAGACCCUCUCCGACACGUCCAACAGCGGCGAGCGCGACAUCGCGCCGUGGCUCACCGCCGCCAAGGUCAUCCGCGGCUUCGCGGCGCUGUCCCGCGCCGACAAGGAGCUCGCCACCUACUACCAGAUCUACAUCACCAAGAUGCUGACCACCGCCUUCGAGGCCGUGGGCUUCGAGAGCGAUUUCGACAUGGACUACAACCGCUUCAAGAAGUCGGUGGUGCGCGACGUGCUCACGCAGCUCGCGUGCGAGGCCGGGAUGCCCGAGUGCCGGCGCAAGGCGCUGGCCGCCUCCAAGACCAUCAGCGUCGUGGACGGCAAGAUCAAGUCCGACCCCAACGUGUACGCCGCCACGCUCUGCGAGGCGGCCAAGACCUUCGACUUGCUGUCGCUCGAGGAGACGCUGAGCCGCAUCACGACCGUCGAGGACGUCACCAUGAGGGCCUCCCUGCUGCGCGGCGUCGGCUGCGUCCGGGGCAGCAACCAAGUCUCUCAGGUCCUGGACUUCGCGACCGCUGACGACAGCGGGCUGUCCUCCAGCGAGGCGCUGUCGGCGCUCAAGUCGCUCAUGGACAACAGCGCGGACGGCUGCGACACCGUGCUCAGCUACGUGCAGCUCAACAAGGACACCAUCCAAACCAACCUGGGCGUCGCGGGAUUGAGGGCCAUCGUGCUGGAGAUCGGCACACGCAUCUACAACGACGACCAGCUCACCAAGCUCAAGAAUAUCGCGAGCGCUGAUACGAGCCCCGCCAUGGCCGACGUGCUGGCCGUGGCCCAGGCGACGAGGGACUGGGCCGGGAGCAACCUGCGCGAGCUCAAGGAGUGGGUGUGGGCCCGCGUCCGCGUCGGCCCCCCGCACGCGCCCCUGCUGGUGACGCCCACCACCGAGCCCACCGUCGUGCCGCCCACCGCGGAGCCCCACCCCACCGAGCCGCCCCAGGUCACCAACGACUGGCUGCUGCCCGCCGACCUGUGGCCCGACAACUACAACCUCGCCGUCGACGUGACGCUCGCCGACGUGGACACCUCCUCGUUCACCGGCACGGUGGCCAUCACGCUGAGCGUGGUCGCCGCCACGAACAAGAUCGUCCUCCACAGCCACGAGAGCCUCACCGUCAGCAACGCCAGGGUGGUCCAGGCGAACAACAACGUCCCGGUGGCCGUCGUCGGCACCCCCGACUUCGAGGCCAAGAGGCAGUUCCUCACCAUCAACCUGCAAGACCAGCUCCAGGUCGGCACCAAGUACAUCGUGUCGCUGGCCUUCACCGGGCCGCUCAAGAAGGACCUGGCGGGCUUGUACCUCUCCACGUACAUGGCCAGUAACGGCGUCACCUCGUACAUGGCGGUCACCCAGUUCGAGCAGACCAGCGCCCGCAAGGCGUUCCCCUGCUUCGACGAGCCCAAGUACCGCGCCACCUUCGACGUGACCAUCACGCACCCCGACACGCACGGCGCCCUGUCCAACAUGCCGCGCAAGAGCGAUGGAGCAGCCGGCAACAACAAGAGGAAGGCGAUUUUCGAGACGACGCCGCUCAUGCCCACCUACCUGGUGGUGAUGCUGGUAUCCGACCUGGUGGAGGUGAAGGUGGACUCGAGGAUCAGCAUCUGGGUGCGCGCGGACGCCAAGGACGAAGUGGGCCUGGCCACGGAGCUGGCCCCCAAGGUGCUGGCCAAGCUGGAGGAGCUGACCGGCAUCCCCUACGUGCUCACCAAGCUGGACCUGGCCGCCAUCCCGGACUUCGCCCCCGGCGCCAUGGAGAACUGGGGCCUCAUCACCUUCAAGGACACCGUACUGCGCACGCCGAAGAACGCGCUGGCGCACCGGCGGUUCAACUGCGCGCGCGACAUCACGCACGAGUUCUCGCACCUGUGGUUCGGCGACCUGGUCACCAACAACUGGUGGAGCUCGCUGUGGCAGCAGGAGGGCAUGGCGGCCUUCAUGGAGGCCUGGGUGCUGGACCAGACCACGGACUCCGAGUACGACGCGGUGGCGCGCCAGAGCGUGGACCGCAUCGAGCAGGGCCUGAUGGACGACGCGCUGGAGACGGCUGGCGCCAUCACCAACCACACCGUCGGCAGCCCCGAUGAGAUCGAGGAGCACUCCGGGGAGCUCACCUACAACAAGGGUGCCGGCUUCCUGAGGAUGGUCAAGGCGAUGAUCGGCGAGAGCACGCUGUGGAAGGGGCUGCGGAAGUACCUCCAGCGGCAUGCCUUCUCCACUGCCGGACCCGACGACCUGGCCGCCGCACUGCAGGAGGCCGCUGGCGACGACGGCCUCUCCCUGCCGGUCACCAUCCAGGAGGUCAUGGACUCGUGGACGCUGCAGCGCGGCUACCCCUUGCUCGACGUGGAGCGCUACCUCAACGACGACACCUACGUCGUGAAGCAGUCCCGCUUCCUGUCCUACGAGCCGGCGAACGCUACCGCCGUGGCGGCGCAGCAGUGGCUGGUGCCGUACCACUGCGAGCAGCUCUACAGCUCGGGGCGCCGCAGCUUCGACCGCGUGCUGCAGGCCAGCCAGGAGACCGUGCCGCUGCCGCUGCAGGUGGAGAGCAGCAUCACCUGGAUCGUCUGCAACACGGAGCAGCAAGGCUUCUACCGCGUCAACUACGACCAGGCGACGUGGCGCUACCUGGGCGACGCCCUGGGCAAGGAGCUCAUCGGCAGCGCGACGCAGCGCGGCGCCAUCCUGGACGACGCGCUCACGCUGAUGCGCGCGCGCAAGACGGAGCCCUGGGUCGUCAUGUACGUCCUGGAGCGCGCCGCCGGCGACGACACCCUGCCCGUGUGGGGCGCCAUCAACAAGGGCGUGCAGCACCUGCGCGCCGUGCUGGCCGACGACGCCACGGCCUCCGAGGACUUGAACACCUUCGUGAGCGACCUGACCGCCGAGACCUUCGGCCGCGUGGACUGGUACAACCGCUACGGCUGGGAGGAGAGCGUGCAGACCAACGAGGUCCGGCAGAUCGUGAGCCGCCUGGCGUGCGACGCCGGGGAGCCCCUGUGCGUCAACAGCGCCGUGGCGGAGCGCAUGGAGAGCAUCUUGCCCGGCUACCAGAUUCACCCGGAGAGCUUCGGGGCCAAGAACUGCCUCCUGUACAAGGACUACGAACCGUUCGCGAUCGGCUUCCUGUUGGCGCAGUUCGCAGACAACUCGGACUACGACCAGCGUCUGUCCUUGUCCUACUCCAUGGGUUGCAUCGUCAACUCAGACAGCCGCGACAUUCUGCUGUCCGGAGUUCACCAGGGCGGCUUCAAAUCCAACGAGAUCGAACCCUUCUUCGAGUCCGUCCUCACCCACGGCGGCAUCAACGAGGCUCUCAACUACCUCUCGCAGAACUGGGCGGCGGUCAAGGCCAGUCUGACCGACACGGCGGUGGCGCUGCUGCAGAUGGCGGCCGAGCGAGUGCACACGCAGGCGCAGUACGACCUGGUGAAACAAAUCGCGGACUCCGACCCGUCCAUCUACACGACGGUCGCGGAGCGCUCCGCCGCCAACAGCCUGGCGUUCGCGCAGAAGGAGCUGGGGCAGGUGAAGGACUACCUGGCCGUGUACGCGGGCCGCAAGCCCGCCAAGCCCGCCCCGCUGGUGCCGACCGACUACCGCCUGCCCGGCAACGUGAUCCCCACCAGCUACGACCUCACCAUGAUCCCCUACAUGGACACGGCCAACGGCCACUUCUACUACGAGGGCUCCGUCGUCAUCUCGGCCACGGUGCAGAACGACACGGACACCAUCGUGCUGCACAAGCACAAGGGCCUCAACGUCAUCACCUACUCCGUGAACAACGAGGCAGGCGACGGCGAGGUCGGCAUCACGGACGCCGUCUUCCACGAGGCCUCCGAGAUGUACACCCUGCUGCUGACGCAGCCGGUCACGGCCGGCCAGCAGAUCGUCAUCGGGCUGGAGUUCACCGGCAAGCUGCUCAAGGACAAGCUCGGCUUCUACCUCAGCGACUACCCCGAGGGCGUCAAGUGGAAGUACAUGGCGACCACCCAGUUCGAGCAGACGUACGCCCGCAAGGCGUUCCCCUGCUUCGACGAGCCCAAGUACCGCGCCACCUUCAACAUCCGCAUCGCCCGCACCGAGAACCAGAUCGCGCUGUCCAACAUGCCCAUCAGCUCCACCACGGACCCGGAUCCGGACCUUGGCGACCGACGCAUGGUGACGUUCCAAACCACCCCACCCAUGCCCACCUACCUGGUGGCCUUCAUCGUGUCGGAGCUGAAGAAGGUGCCGACCUCCAACCCCAACAUCAACGUGUACGUGCGGCCCGACGCCGAGAAGCACGCCGCGCUGGCCGCCGACCUCGCGCCCAAGAUCCUGGCCGAGCUGGAGAGCUUCACCGGCGUCCCGUACGCCCUGCCCAAGCUCGACCUCGUGGCCAUCCCCGACUUCUACUUCGGCGCCAUGGAGAACUGGGGCCUCAUCACCUACAGGGAAAACCGCAUGCUGUACGACGAGCAGAGCGCCACCAGCGAGUACAAGAUGUUCGUCGCCGAGGUGAUCGCCCACGAGUUCGUGCACCUGUGGUUCGGAGACUACGUGACUCUAGACUGGUGGAGCUCCGGCUGGCUCAAGGAGGGCUUCGCCGAGUUCCUGGAGCACUACGUGCUGGAGCGCGUCAUGAAGAGCGAGGGCUCCUCCUGGUACCCGCUCUCGCGCAUCGGCGUGGAGGACGUCUUCGACGGCAUGCGCGACGACGCUCUGGAGCACACGGAGCCCCUGACCGACGACAGCGUGGCGACCCAGGACCAGAUCGCCGAGCACAUGGGCCUGUACACCUACACCAAGGGUGCCGGCCUCCACUUCAUGCUCAUGGGACUCCUCGGCGAGGGGACGUACAAAGCCGGCCUCAACAAGUACCUGACGAACAACAAAUUCGGAACCGCCACCCCGGAGAGGUACGCCACCGCCCUGCAGGAGGCGGCCGACGCCAACUACACGGCGCUGCCGUCCGGGACGACCUUCCUGGACGUCAUCAACUCCUGGUCCACCAAGCCCGGCCUGCCCGUCAUCACGCUCAUCAGGAACUACGACGACAACACCGUCGAGGCCUCCCAGUCGAGGUACCUGGCGCACGAGCCGUCGCAGGAAAGCGCCCGCGACUCCAAGUGGAUCGUGCCCCUCAGCAUCUUCUUCAACCAGGGCAGCCCCCCGAAGCGAGCCACCGGCUACCUCCUGGAGAGCCAGGCCUCGGCGUCCUUCUUCCUCGGCGGCACCGCCAGGAACGGCGUCAUCUUCGGCAACUGGCUGUCGAGAGGCUACUACUACACCAACUACGACCUGCUCAACUGGAUCCGCCUGGGCUCCGCCAUCUCCAACGGCCACACGCUCACCGACCCCAUCUACCGCGCCGGCCUCAUCCACGACGCGUUCGGGCUGGCCAAAGUCAGCCAGCUGGACCCCUGGGUGCCGCUGUACCUCCUCGAGGGAGACCUCAUCCAGGAGGCUGACGCCGCGCCCUGGAUCGCCGCCUACAACGGCCUGCGCUCCUACGCGGCGCUCGCCAAGGGCGACCCCGAGACGGACAAAAUGUUCCAGAAAUACCUGCGACACAAUGUCGCCGAGUACGGCUACGAGUUCGUGACCUGGGACGGCUUCCGAGGCAACGUCGAUGGCAAGGUGUCGCGCGACUACGCCACCAAGCUGGCCUGCGCCGUCGGGUACGCCCCCUGCCGCGCCAAGGCCCUGCAGGCCUACCGCGGCUACUUCAAGGACCCGGCCAGCGUGGACCCCAACGUCCUGGCCGCGACGCUGUGCGAGGGCAUCAGCCGCGGCACCACCCUCGAGUACACGGCCUUGUUCGAGCAACUGGUGGCCGAGACCGAGCGGUCGCGCCGCAUGUCCAUCGUGUACGCCCUGGGCUGUCUUCACAACAACACCCUCGUGGACCAGCUGCUGGACCUGGCCGGCACCAUGCAGGGCUUCGAGCCGCAGGAAGUGCUGCCGCUGUUCCGGUCCGUCCUGGACAACAGCCCCGACGGCGUCAACAGGGCCGUCGACUACGUGCAGGCCAACUUCGACAAGCUGGCCGCCAGCCUCGGCCAGAGCUCCGCGGAGGGCGUGGUCCUCACCGUCGCCGAGAGGGCCCACACCGACUCGCAGUACAGGAAGCUGAAGAUCCUCCAGGACAUCAGCUACUCGCCCAAGCUCGUGGACGCCGUCGCGGUGGCGGACGCCAACGUGCAGUGGAUCUACACCCACGCCGGCACCCUCAAGGACUACCUGGCCGCCAAGUUGGGGGUCGAGCCAGACGCCCCGGCCCCGCAGCCCGCCCAGCCGAUGCCGCUGCCCACGGCCUCGCCCGCCACGCCCACCCCCGGCCCCGGGCCCACCGAGUCGCCCGACUCCCCCGCCAUCGAGUGGCGGCUGCCCAGCAGCCUGGCGCCGCAGCACUACGACCUCAUGAUGGUGCCGUUCCUGGACAACCUCACGUUCACGGGCAAAGUGACCAUCAAGUUGCUGGCCCUGGAGCAGACCGACACCAUCACGCUGCACGCCAGGGACCUCACCUUCCCCAAUCAGACGGACGAGGGCUUCGACAACAUGCAAGUCUACAACGCCGAGACGGCCAACGUCAUACCCGUGCAGGACUACGCCGUCCACACUGAGAAGAACUUCCUCAUCAUCAACCUGGCCACCAACCUGACGGCGAACGUCGCGUACAACCUCUCGAUCCAGUUCGGCGCGCCACUGCGCCAGGACAACUUCGGCUUCUACGUCAGCAGCUACAUCGACAACAACGAGUUCAAGUACAUGGCGACGACGCACUUCGAGGCGACCAGCGCGCGCAAGGCGUUCCCGUGCUUCGACGAGCCGCGCUUCCGCGCCACCUUCGCCAUCUCCGUGGCCCGCCUGCCCGAGCAGACGGCGCUCUCCAACAUGCCGAGGAUCCGCACCUCCGGCCCCGAUCUUGACCUCGACGGACGCGUCUGGGACGACUUCGAGACCACGCCCAGCAUGCCCACCUACUUGGUGGCCUUCAUCGUGCACGAGCUCAAGCAGGUCUACACCAGCGCCUCCAACGUCAACGUCUGGGUGCGUCCCAACGCGGCCGCGGACGCCGGCGUGGCCGCGGAGAUCGCGCCGCAGGUCAUCAAGGCCAUGGGCGACUUCACCGCCUUCAAGCUGCCCCUGCCCAAGGUGGACCUCGUCGCCAUCCCGACCUUCCCCAUCGGCGCCAUGGAGAACUGGGGCCUCGUCACGUUCAGGGAGGACUACAUCAUCAACCCCAAGAAGGCCAAAUCGGAGCACGCCUACUCGUGCGCGAGCGUCGUCACCCACGAGCUCUCGCACCUGUGGUUCGGCGACCUGGUGACCAUCGACUGGUGGAGCGCGGCCUGGCUCAAGGAGGGCAUGGCCAGCUUCCUGGAGCUGUACAUGCUGGACAAGGCCGACGACGACAAGUACGGCGGCUACAAGCGCAUCCUGUACGAGCACGUGCAGCCCGCCAUGCUGGUGGACUCGCGCGAGGGCGCCGACAUCCUCACCAACACCACCGUCGGCUCGCCCGACGAGAUCUCGGACCACAUGAGCACCAUCACCUACUCUAAAGGUGGAAGCUUCUUGAGGAUGAUGCUGACCUACGUCACCGAGAACGCCUUCCGGGCUGGCCUCAGCAGAUACAUCAACCAGAACGCGUACUACUGGGGCACGCCGGAGAAGCUGGCCGCCGCGCUGCAGUACGAGCAGGACGCCAUGAACCCCAACAAGCUGGGCGUGAGCGUGCAGGACAUGUUCGACUCGUGGACCACCAAGCCCGGCUUCCCCGUGGUCACCGUCAUCCGCGACCGCGUGAACGGCCUCGCCACCCUGUCGCAGCGCCGCUUCCUCAGCCACGAGCCCACGGAGGACGCCGACAUGUCCUCCACCUGGCACGUGCCCUUCAACGUGUGGGUGCAGGGCCAGGACGUCCCCGUCGGUUACACGGACGUGCUGCUCGAGAGCGAGACCGAGAAGACCAUCUUGCUGGACAACACCGACUUCAAGCUGGUGCUCAUCAACGCAGGGCAAACUGGCUUCUACCGCGUCAACUACGACCUGUUGACGUGGAUCUACGUCAACCUGCAGCUGCCCCGCGGCACCAUCACCAGCGCCGAGACCCGCGCCGCCCUCAUCGACGACUCGUUCACGCUCGCCCUGGCGCGCCAGCUGGACUCGUGGGUGCCCCUCUCCGUGAUGCAGAGCGGCCUGCCCUCCGAGACCCGCCUGGUACCCUGGGUCGCCGCCCGCAACGCCCUGUUCCGCCUGCGCGCCCUGCUGUCCCACAACGACGACGCCGUGGGCCUGCUCGACAGAUUCGUGGCCGAUCUGGUGACCCCCACCUACACCGAGGUGGACUGGGACAUGCGCUGGGGCGGCGUGGAGAAGUACAACGUCAAGCUCCUCCGCGACCUGCUCACCCAGCUGGCCUGCACCUCGGGACACGAGCUGUGCCUCAGGAGCGCCAACUUCGACUUCGAGGGAUGGUACCGAGGAACGCUGACCGUGAACCCGGACACGCUGGCCGCCACACUGUGCGAGGGCAUGCGCACCAUGCCCAGCGGCUGGUUCCCCGUCGUCUGGUCGCGGUUCCUGGAGGAGGAGGACCCCACAGUGCGCAGCGCCUACCUCUACGGCCUGGGCUGCCACUCCGCCAACAGGGACCACGUGCUGCUCGCCGCCACGACCCAUCAAGGCAUCAAGUCCAACGAGGCAAAGCACUACUUCAACUCGUUCCUCGUGCACAUGGAGGAUGGCGUCGAGAAGCUACUGACCUACAUGGAGAGGAACUACGCCACCAUCAAGGAGAGCGUCGGCGUGGAGGCCACGGCAGCGGUGCUGCAGCUCGUCGCGGACCGCAUCAGCACCAAGAACCAACUGAACACGAUCGCCGCCCUGACGGCCAAGGACCCCUGCAUCGAGAUGACAGUCGUCCUGCAGUCGGCCAAGAGCACCUUCAAGUGGGCGGACGAGCAGCUCGGCCUGGUGAUCGACUUCCUGCAGGCCGCAGACGGCGACGCGCCCCCCGCGCCCACGCCCUCGCCCGCCCCCACGAGGCCCACCCUGCCCACCCUGGCCCCGCCCACCAACGACUCCAGGCUGCCCGGCACCGUGGUCCCCGACGACUACACGCUCAAAGUGAUCCCCUACCUGUCCGGCGACAAGAUGGGCACCUUCGAGGGCCAGGUCACCAUCCAGGUCCACGCGACCGAGGCCACGAACGUCAUCAAGCUCCACGCCGAGGGACUCGACUUCUCCGACGAUGACGUCACCAUCGCGCUCUCCAGCCAGAGCGCCGCCGCCAUCAGCUACAUCAGUAGGAGCAGCCUGUACGAGUGGGUGGCGAUCACUCUGGAGGAGGACCUGAUCGAAGGCGCCUCGUACUUCAUCACCGUCAAGUACACCGGCAAGUUCAGCAGCGAUCUCAAGGGCUUCUUCCUGUCCAACGACGGCGGCAGCACCAUCGCCGCCACAAAGCUGGCGCCGACGUACGCCCGCCGCCUCUACCCCUGCUUCGACGAGCCUUCCCUCCGUGCCACCUUCACCGUCACCGUCGGCAGGCUGGACAGCGAGGUUGUCCUGUCCAACACCGCGGUGGAGUCCACUUCCAGCCCCGACCCGUCCAUCGGCAACCGCGUGCUCGUCACCUUCAAGAAGACCGCCAAGCUGCCCACGCACAGCAUCACCAUCGUGGUGUCGCCCGGCCUGCAGUCCGCCACCGCCCCCGAGAACAUGGUCUCCGUCUACGGCACGCGCAAGCUGGUCGCCAAGGCGCAGCCUACGCUCGCCGCGGCCAAGGACCUCCUCGCCAUCCUGGAGAACAUCACGGGCACGCCGUCCGGCCUCGACUCCAUGGCGAUGGUCGGCGUCAAGGACCUGCUGGUGGACGGCACCGACAACUGGGCCAUCGACGUCAUCCGCAACGACGCCCUCGUCAAGAUGGACGAGUCGCCGUCGGCGGCGGAGGCGGACAUCUUCUGGCUGACGACCGUGGCGCACCGCCUGUCGCAGCACUGGUUCGGCAACCUGGUCAGCAUGGCGUGGUGGGACAACGUGUGGCUCACGGACGGCUUCGCCACGUACUUCCAGUACAGGGCGGCGUCGCAGGUCAAGGCGGCCGCGGGCAGCGACAUGCUGUACCCGGCCACCUUCACGUCCAGGGUCAUCUCGCCCGCCCUGGCGGAGGACUCGCUCGAGUCCGCCCAGGCCCUCAACGACCACUACGUGUACGGCACCACCGCCGGCAUCGAGAAGGCCCUCAGCGACAUCCCCACGCUCAAGGGUGGCGCGAUCAUCAACAGCAUCCCGUACAUCCUUGGCUCGGCCGCCUUCGAGAGCGGCCUCAAGGCGUACAUGGACUCCAACAACAUGUCCGGCGUGUCGCCGUCCGCCCUGUUCGCCGCCCUGCAGUCCGGCGUGGACACGCACUCCGUCCUGCCGAUCGACACCGACGUGGCCACCGUGCUCGGCCCCUGGGUGGAGCGGGCCGGCUACCCGGUCGUGACCGUCUCCAGGGACUACGACGACGACACGGCCAUCCUGGCGCAGGAGCGCUUCCUGCUGCACACGCCGUCCGGCAACGCGGACCUGGACGCCGCAUGGUGGGUGCCCGUCAGCUUCGCCACGCGCACCGAGUACACGGACCAGUACACCACGACGCCCGUCCGCGCCUGGAUCAAGCCGACGGCCGACCUUUUCAUCAGCCUGCCCGACCAGAGCGCGUCGCAGUGGCUCGUCGUCAACCUGGACCGCAAAGGCUUCUACCGCGUCAACUACGACAUGAAGAACUGGCUGCUGCUGGCCCGGUUCAUGGCCGAGCCCGGGCAGCACACGGUGCUCGAGGUGCCCACGAGGGUCAUGCUGCUGGACGACGCGCUCACGCUGGCGCGCACCGGCCACUUGGACUACGUGACGGCGCUGCAGUACGCCGACUACCUCCGCGCCGAGGACGCCACGCACGAGGUCUUCGCCACGGCGCGCGACGUCUUCGCCUCCAACGUCGAGACCUUCGUCCUCGGCAGCAGGCUGGACGACGUCUACAAGGCGUGGGUCGGUCAGCUCCUGAGCCGCGCCAUUGCCAACCUCGGCUACGCGGCCCAGUCCUCCGACAAGACCAGGACCGGCGUGGCGAGAGGCAUCGUCAUGGAGUGGGCGUGCGACAUGGACAUCGCCGCGUGCACUGAGCCCGCCCAGGUCCACUUCAACAUGUGGAUCAACGACAAGGACAGUGUGCCUCACGACACCCUGGCCUCCACGGUAUGCGCGGGCGUGAGGAACAGCUCCCCCGACGACUACAAGCAGGCCGUCGCCGUGCUCAGCCAGGAGACCGUCGACCCGUACCGCCAGGCCAUCAUCCGAGGCCUCGGCUGCGUCGCCAACCACACCACCGCCCAGAGCCUGAUGCACCUGACGGUGAGAGCGGGCCUGCGCGGCGGAGAGGCGCUCGAGGUCUUCAAGUCCGUGUCGCGCUUCGGGCCGCCAUCCGUUGACGCCGCCCUGGACUACCUCGUCGAGUGGGUGAUCGACGUGUACAGACAGGCCGGCAUGGACGGCACCGAGGCCAUCGUCUCGCUCGUGGCCAGCCGCAUCACCACCAAGGCCCAGAACGAGAAGCUCAACACCAUCAUCGCGCACAUGGGCUCACAGCAGGUCCUCGAGUACAACGUGGCGCAGAUGCUGGUCGCCGACAACCUGAAGUGGCAGGGCGCGCACGAGGACGAGGUGGGAGACUUGCUGUACGCCCUGACGGGGCUGCCGAACCCGGACCUGCCCGACGGCCCGAGCACCACUGCCGCGCCCACCACCCCGACGACGACCCUGGCGCCAACCACCCGGCCUACCACCCGGCCCACCACCACGUCGACCGCCAGGCCCACCCAGCCGCCCACGCGGCCGUCCACCUCGACGGCCCAGCCGACCACCAGCACGCAGGAGCCGAGCGCGGCCUCCGGCGUGGUCGCCAACGUCCUGCUGCUCUUGGCCUCGCUGGUCGUGCUGCAGAGAGUAGCGGCGUGAAGAUGGUGCGAAGGCCUGCAGAUCUAGAGAGUUUUGACUUCGAAAGAUUAGGUUUAAGUUAGAAAAUAAUUUAUGGUUGAGUGAAAUAAAUCAAUUUUUAAGAGAAA